AUGGUCCAGUUACCCACUAACCAAACAGGAAUGGAUUUAUUGCAUGAUUCUGUGCCAAAGCAGGUAUUAUGCAAUAUCAUCAAUCCUCGAAGCAGUUCUGGUGUUUUGGAAGGUUUGCCUGAAUCUAUUAUUGCAGCAGCAUGUGCCAGAAGUGGCCAGAGAGUUCUUCAUGUUGAUUCGAGAAAUUACUAUGGUGGAAACUGGGCCAGCUUUAGUUUUUCAGGAUUAUUGUCCUGGAUUAAAGAAAAUCAGCAAAAGACGGGUGUCAUUGAUGAAUGUGAAGACUGGCGAAAACUGAUCCUUGAGAAUGAGGAAGUUAUUUCUCUUAGCAAGAAGGAUAAAACUAUUCAACAUGUAGAAGAUUUCUGUUUUGGCGAUCGGGAUCUAGCUGAAGAUAUCCAAGAAGCUGGUGCAUUGCCAAAGCUGCCUGUUUUUGGAGCCUCUGGUGCUGAGGGGGUUGCUCAGGAAUCAGAAAAAGAGUGCCCACCAGUGGAGAGUGCCUUUCCGGCGGUGGAGAGCCAGGAACCAGAAAAGGCUACGGGCACUGAGCCAGCAGGUGCAACGGAAGGGAGUAAUACAGAAAUAACCUCUGAGAGUGAAAGUUCUCAUAGUACGGCUUUAGGCGAGUCCACUCUGGAAUUGGGAAAAACUGGAGCUGCACCCUUGGAAAUUUCUGCCCAAGAACCAAAGAAAAUCACGUAUUCCCAAAUUGUUAGAGAAGGCAGAAGGUUUAAUAUUGAUUUGGUUUCCAAGCUGCUUUACUCCCGAGGUCUGCUAAUUGACCUUCUAAUUAAGUCGAACGUUAGCAGAUAUGCAGAAUUUAAAAACGCAACACGAAUUCUUGCAUUUCGAGAAGGAAAAGUAGAACAGGUACCUUGUUCUAGAGCAGAUGUCUUCAACAGCAGACAGCUCACUAUGGUGGAAAAGAGAAUGCUAAUGAAAUUUUUGACAUUUUGUUUGGACUAUGAACAACACCCUGAUGAAUACCAAGACUACGAGAACAAUACAUUUGCUCAGUUCUUAAGAACACGGAAGUUAACACCCAGCUUGCAGCACUUUGUUCUUCACUCUAUUGCAAUGGUUUCAGAGACUGAUUGCAGCACUCUUGAAGGUCUUCAGGCAACAAAAAAAUUUCUUCAGUGCCUUGGCCGCUAUGGCAAUACACCAUUUUUGUUUCCUCUGUAUGGUCAAGGAGAGAUACCACAGUGCUUCUGCAGGAUGUGUGCUGUAUUUGGUGGUAUCUAUUGUCUUCGCCAUUCUGUGCAGUGCCUUGUAGUGGACAAAGAAUCUGGACGAUGCAAAGCUAUGGUGGAUCAUUUUGGACAAAGAAUAAGUGCUAAUUAUUUUAUUGUGGAAGACAGUUACCUUUCAGAGAGCAUAUGCACAAAUGUGUGUUACAGGCAGAUCUCCAGAGCAGUGCUCAUUACGGAUCAGUCUGUACUAAACACAGAUUCAGAGCAGCAGGUUUCCAUUUUGACAGUGCCUCCAGUGGAUCUAGGAAAACCAGCAGUUUGCGUCAUUGAGUUGUGUUCCUCAACCAUGACAUGCAUGAAGGACACUUAUCUAGUCCAUUUAACCUGUCCAUCAACUAAAACUGCUAGGGAAGAUUUAGAGCCUAUUGUACAGAAGUUAUUCAAUCUAAAUACAGAAAAAGACACUGAAAAUGAAGAACUGGAAAAACCUAGAGUCCUCUGGGCAGUCUACUUCAACAUGAGAGAUUCUUCAGGAGUUGAGAAAAAUUCAUAUGAUGGCUUACCCUCAAAUGUUUAUGUCUGUUCUGGACCAGAUUCUGCUUUAGGAAAUGACUGUGCUGUCAAACAGGCUGAGACUAUUUUCCAAGAAAUGUUUCCUACAGAGGAAUUUUGCCCACCACCGCCGAAUCCAGAAGAUAUUAUUUAUGAUGAAGAUGAGAUUGCACCAGAAGAUUCUGGAUUUAGUAAUUCACCAGAGACAAAACCUGAAUCCCCAACUGAGGAAAGCAGUAGCGGAGGUAGUACUGCUGUUAAGAAGGAAGAUAACGAAGAAUGAAUUAGCAUUGUUCUCUUAGUAGAAGAGGAGGUUGACACAACCUAAAAUGUAAGGGAGGAAGGGUAAGAAAAAGAGGUUUAAAA